AAAGAAAAAUAGUUUCACAAAGUUUCCAUAAUACCAUAGGUAACAGAAAAUCCUAGAUGUAGGAAGUUAAAUUAUCGUGCUGCAUGCCUUUUCUUUUUAGUUCUUUCUUGCUCCAAUAAUUAGAUAGAAGAGAAGAGCAAAGGCAAGAAAGAGUUUGAAGAGGCAAAACCAUCAAUAAAUAAAUCAUAUACAGAAAAAUGGUGAGUAUUCCAGUCAGCAGCUUAGGGCCAAGUGAGCUAAAAUUUCCACUUCUAGGAUUUGGAACAGCUCAAUUUCCAUUUAGUGCUGAAGCAGUGAAGGAAUCAAUUAUUAAUGCAAUUGAAGUUGGAUAUAGACACUUCGAUACAGCUCAAAUCUAUGAAUCAGAGAAGCCUCUUGGCGAUGCCAUAGCUGACGCUUUGGAACGUGGCCUUAUUAAGUCACGCGAUGAGUUAUUUAUCACCUCUAAGUUAUCUCCCGGUAGCGGCCACUCUCAUCUCGUUCUCCCUGCACUACAACAGACUCUCAAGAAUCUUGGACUGGAGUACCUUGACUUAUAUCUCAUUCAUUUUCCUGUGAGUUUGAAGCCAGGAACUCACUUUCCUUUUAAACCAGCAGAAGAUAUUGUCAUAAUGGAUAUUGAAUCUGUUUGGAAAGCCAUGGAAGAGUGUCAAAUUCUUGGCCUCACGAAAUCAAUAGGUGUUAGCAAUUUUACCUGCAGGAAGAUUGAGAAAUUACUUGUGUCUGCAAGAAUCCCUCCGGCCGUCAAUCAAGUGGAGAUGAACCCUUUAUGGCAGCAGAAGAAGCUGAGGAAAUUCUGCGAGGAAAAGGGUAUCCAAAUAACAGCUUUCUCUCCAUUGGGAGGGAAAGGAACAAUUUGGGGAAGCAAUAGAGUGUUGGAAUGUGAGGUGCUGAAAGAGAUUGCCAGUGCUAAAGGAAAGACAGUGGCUCAGGUUUCCUUGAGAUGGGUUUACGAGCAAGGUGUUAGUAUCGUUGUGAAAAGCUUCAAUAAGGAAAGAAUGAAAGAAAACCUGGAGAUAUUUGAAUGGGAGCUAAGCAAGGAAGAGUUGCAGAAGAUAAAUCAAAUUCCACAGGAAAGAGUUGCUCUAGCAGAGAUGUACGUCUCAGAUGAAAGCCCUUACAAGUCCCUCAUGGAACUUUGGGAUGGAGAGUUGUAAUUGUUCUUGCAUAACAACUAUAGAUAUUUGAAAGAAUUAUUUCAUUUCUAUUAACAAUAUUGAUUAUGCUUAUCAUUGAUUUUCUUA